AAAGACGAAAACGGAAACCUAAAAGCCUAUCCUCUUACAUGAAGAACUUUGGAAUUUAGCUAUUGUGAGCACGAAUUUAUUUUAAAUAAUUGCAUUAUUGUAUCUCAAUAUUCCAAGUAUUUUGACUGUAUGGUUGUGUACCUGAGGGAAAUUUAAUUGAAGCUCCAUAGAAAUUCACUCCUGAAGAGGACCAAACCCUGAGUCAGAAGUUCAGAAAGUUGGAAUAGGUGAACAUCACAGCAAAGUAGUACAGAACUGUGUUGGAACAUCUUCCCCAUUAGAAAUGGAGGACAAACCAGAGUGUUCACCAAGUCAUACCUGCCUGGGAGAGCCACCUGUAGGCAGUAAUGUCAAUGCUCCAUGCCUUGUUGUUGACACCAAAGUUGAGGGUAAAGCUGGGAAAAAGAAAAAAAAGAAUAAAAAGAGACAAGAGACAAGCGGACAUGGUGCCCGCCAAAUGAAAACACUUACUUCUCUUGAAAACACCUCUCAUCAAGAGAAAACCCAGAGUGCACAGCAAACUUCAGUUCGGUCCACCUGCGACCAGUCAACUCAGACAGAGUCUCCCCUGCCCCAAUCUGUCCAAAUGGAGUCAAACCAAAUCACUCCAAUACAGUGUAUACACUCGCUGUCAACAGAAUCCAAGUCAACCCAGACAUGCGAGACCAGUUUUCCCUUUCACCAUGCAUACCUGGGAAAAUCUCUCACAGAUCAGUCCAUUGAUGAACAGGCAACCCAGUCCAACUCUUCAAGCAAACAGCUGACUGUGAUCAACUGGAAUGUAGAUGGCCUGACUACCAAAAAUGUUUUUGCUCGAGCCAAAGGCCUGUUGUCAUACUUAGGAAAGUACCGUGCAGAUGUGGUACUGCUGCAAGAGCUGAUUCCUCCUUGUUUGAAGGUUUUACAGAACGUUAUGAAAGAUUAUGAGUUUGUGCUAGCAAAUGACGAGGGCUAUUUCACUGGCAUUUUGCUCAGAAAGGACAGGGUGCAAUUCCUCCAGAGCAACAUUGUGAAGUAUCCCACCACAGAGAUGGGUAGUAAUCUGCAAAUAGCAAGCGUGAGCUUUUUAGGCCAUCCACUGUGCUUUAUGACAUCUCACCUUGAAAGCUGUAAAUCUGGCUCACAAGAACGCUUGAAUCAACUGCGCAGAGUUUGGAAAUGGAUAAAAGAGGCUCCACAGGAGCAGACAGUUAUUUUUGGAGGAGAUACCAACCUUAGGGAUUGGGAGGUGAAGAAGCUUGGUGGACUCCCAGAUGGUAUCUCUGAUGUUUGGGAAAUGCUGGGGGAGCCGGAGGAAUGCAGAUACACCUGGGACACGUCUAUCAAUGAUAACUAUAAAAUCCCUAAUUCUAUACGCCUACGAUUUGAUCGAGUUUUCCUCAGGACAGCCACAGAGGGUGCCCAGCUACAGCCAGAAAGCAUGGCCCUGAUAGGCCUGGAGAAGCUGAAGUGUGACUAUUUUAUCAGCGAUCACUGGGGCAUCCUUUGUACAUUUUCAUUUGGGACAUCAUAAGAACAUUGUCAACAACUGAUUUUCUUUUUAUGGCCUGCAUUUGAUUUUACAACUAAAAUGAUAAAUAAUGAUCUCUGGACUGUAAUUGAAAUGUUCAAUCAUAGUGUAAACCGUUGGCAUAUGAACCAGUUAUACACUGUUUUUAUGACUGUAUAUCCAGUAACAUCUGUAAAAAACUUAAUGUAUAGGUUUUGCUUCUUGUACAGUACUGUUAGGCCUAUUUAAUAUUUGAAAUCCACAGUUUUCGUCCUUUAAUUCUCCACUAGAUGAAACUCUAGAACAGCCUAUGAUUCUCAUUCAAUCUGUAGGGAAUAUCAACCACAGGCAUCCCUGAACAGGGGAUUGAUAGUAUUUAUUUUGUUAAUUUAUUUUUAAUUCAUUAUUUUCAGGGCUUUAGAAUAGAGUAAUUCCUUAAAGUGAACUACAUCACAUAUAUGAUUAUUUCUAAUGCAUGGCCUGGGUUGGGGAGUAACGGAAUACAUGUAACAGGAUUACGUAUUUAAAAUACAAAAUAUAAGUAACUGUAUUCCACUACAGUUACAGUUUAAAUCAUUGGUAAUUAGAAUACAGUUACAUUCAAAAAGUAUUUUGAUUACUGAAGAGAUUACUUUGCAUUUUAUUUUCAUUUGUUUCAUUUAAUAUUUUGUCCUUUCAGAUGGAAAACAUUUAUACAUAUAAAUGAUGCGAUCCAAAGUGCAUUUGAACAGCAGUGAAACACUUUCUUAUGAUGUGUUACAUUCAUACGAGCAGACAAAGAAGAAAGUUUGAAGUAAGUUUGGAGCAGAAGAAAUAGAAAUAAACCUUGUGUAAAUUGUCAGCUUUAUGCUAAGCUAAAACGCUAUUUCUAGCCAUUUUACAUGCACGUUACCAGGCACUAUUAUAUUUUUUUAUCAAGAAAAUUCACGUUAGAUAAAAAAAAAAAAAUUCUAGUAAGACCUCUGAUAUAAAGGAAAAAAAUCAUAUUCUUGAUAAUAAUUUUUGUAUUGUUUUCCUGUAAAAAUAUCUAAAAAUCCUUAAGAUCAAUUUUAUUGAUCUCGUUUUAGAAACAACACUGCAUAAGAUAUUUAGAUUGUUCAGAGAAUGUAUUUUUAACAUGUGUAUUUUGUCUUACUGUACUGGCAGAUUUUUAUAGUCAAAACAAGUGAAAAAAAUCUACCAGUGCUGAAGAAGUAAUCCAAAGUAUUUAGAAUACGUUACUGACCUUGAGUAAUUUAAUGAAAUAUGUUACAAAUGACAUUUUACAGCAUGUAUUCUGUAAUCUGUAGUGGAAUACAUUUCAAAAGUAACCCUCCCAACCCUUAAAGGUUAAGCUUAAAGGUUUUUGUCUUGACAUGAAUACUGAAAAUGCAGCAAAGGUAUAAACCACAGAUUUAGGAUUACUGCCUCUUGUAGUUUUUAAACCGUUUUAAUUCAAGAUCAUUGCAACACAUCGUUUACAUAAAUGGUCACUGCACUUCAGUGCAAAAUAAUGCUGAGAUUUACGACUGCAUGUGUUGAUGCAGUACACAUACAAUAACUGGGUGACAUUGAGCAAUCAGAUAUAAAUUAAUGGAAAGGAAUAAAUUCUUUGGUAAGGAACUGGCAAACAUGGCUUGUUUUUACUUGGAGAAAUUAUUUGCAGCACAUUUUAUCCCCUGUUAACGCCAAACAGAAUUGAAAUGUGCCAUUACAUUUAGAAGCAAAUUUAGAAAGAUGGCAGGCUGACAACAAGAAUUAUUAUUUGUCAUUGGCAUAGUUUCAUGAAUGGGAUUAACUAAAAACCAUUUACCAAGAAAUACAGUCCUCAUCAUGGUUAACUGGAUGGGCCCUGUGCUUCUAGUGAGAAAUAUACAGUAUAGCCUACUGUAUUUAGAAUGUUCC